CAAAUUUGAAUUCUUGUGGUAUCACGGGAGAGAGACCGCGACUACGAUAUGAUGACCUGAUGUCAGUAGCAGCAGAAUCACACCUUGCAAGAUUGGAAACGUGUUUGCAUGAUCUCGACCCUUUCACCUACAUCAAGUUGCGACGGUUCAACAGUGCCCUUUCUUCAUCCCAAAGAAUCAUACUGAAGAUGUCGCCUCAAUACUUAGAUCUGCCAUGCGCUCUUAUGCUGCCUUAGAACAGAGGAGAGCGUCUGGUUUCCGAUAUGGCCUUUGGAGGCACGAAAUUUGGAAAAUGAAUACUCGCUUUCACUUUCACUCGUGGGCUACUUGAGCUUUCUCACCUCUCUCACUGCAUCACUUCUCCACCUUCCUACAUCCCACGCCCAGCAUGACUUGGCAACCUUGUCAUGUCUGCAAAGAAGAUACCGUUAACUACUGCGGUCAUUGCGCUGAGACAAACCCAGAUGGAACUAUCGUCAAAGCGCGCUUCUACUGCGACAUCGACUGCCGGAAGAAGGAUGAGAUUGAGCACCUCAAGGUACACAUGAACGCUCUUCGCAUCACGCAACCCAUCAUGGAACGCGCCGUCAGAGCUGGAGCAAUCGUACAGUCGCUCUUUUACCUGUUUAUGGAGAACACUUGGACAUACGACAUGAAGAACGUGUGCAUCAAGCGUGAUCAAGACCACGGGCUUUUUGCUGUUGAAGUCACCGAUGGUGCAGGUGUUGCAACAGCUCCAGGAGGCCAUACCGACGGCAGGGACUAUGCUGGUGGCUGGCUGAUACAUUUCCCAGCCGAUUCGUUCAGUAUCUUCGACGACGAUGCAAAACAUGCGCUUCUGACCGACCGCAGCUCUAUCUGGGCAUUUGUGGUCAUGCAUGCUGCAGUGAAAGCCCUCUUUCAAGGCGUGGUAAAUGAUGUUCAGACUGAUAUUAAGGAGGUCGUACACUAUCCUACCUAUAAAGCCACCCGCAUUGUACAUGCCCAAGGUACAUUCGGUUUCGAGACGAGACGCCACGAUCAACUGUAUCCUGAUCAAGAUGAGCACGGCAAUACCAAAGGCGUCUACGAAAUCACGCUGAAGUGCGGUUCAAAGGUUGUUCUAGACCUCACAAGCGCACAGUGGGAUCUGCAGGACGGAAAUGGUCCACACAAGCCGAUCAUGUCCUGGACUGACUACCGGGCUCGCUGGGGCGAUUCGAUCAAAUAUCGUAUUCCGUUCCGCAGUCAUGCGCUGAAGCACAAUGCCAAGAUGUCAAAUUACCGCGUGAUCACCUCGCAGACGCUGAUCAUGGAGACGAAUUUUUACUUCAACAUCAUGCUGUCGAGCGGAUGCAAGGCCGAACUUGGAUUUUAUCCACACGAGAUGUUAGACAUGGACAGCAGGACCUACCGCGAUGCGAAGCAGUGCUUUUUCACCAAGGCUGAAGAAUAUCUCCAAAAGCGCGCCCACGAACUGGAUAACGGUGACUAUCAUGAUGUACUCGAUGGAUUCGAUCUCCGCCAUCCACAAUUCGUUGCGAAGGCAUCCAAGCCGAUGCCCCAAAGUAACGGAUCCAUUCCUCUCGAUAUUGGCGAUUUGACAACUUUUGACUGGAAGACACUUAGCAGGUUAAUUCAGCAGCCGUAUGCAGAGGUUUCGUUGAAGGAGAAGCAGUGGGCAAAGACGUUGCAGAAGAAGCGCAGUGUGUAUAAGGAGCCAGGAACGUGGAUGAUGAUCUUUCUGGAGGAUACACUUCCCGGCCCUCGUGUCCCUAGGAGCUGCAUUAGCGAGAAUCCUGGAUGGAAACUGAGCUGAGGCAUGACAUCAACAAGGCAUGGCAGUAUGUCCACUGAACAGACCCACGUGGCAUCGCUUUCGCCGUACGGUUCUGUCUUCGCUGCCUUCACUCUGGUUUAUCGCAACUGUGUAAGCUCCUUGUCGCCGUCUGGUACUCCUACAGGUGAAACUGGGUUCCUCUCUGUACUUCGCAUUGUACGCUCGCGGUGAUCGAUGUUUACGAUCAUUGAUCGCAUUUCCGGGCCAACUACUCCGGCAUUUACCAUGGUGCUCACAAUGUGGAUCACAGACACGCGUGAGGCAUCGUUUCGUGGACCAAGACAAAGGGAAUUUUUACAUAAUGCCAGCUCAGCAUAGGGAAACCAUCAUGAACUACGUAGAUUUCACAACUAUAUUUGCAUUCACA